UGGCAUUUUGUUGGUGAGAUUUCGCUCCCUUUCCCGUCAGAGAGACACGGCUAUACACGGCUAUACACACACAUACACACACAUACAUCACACAAUCACCAUGAGCCGUGCGCCAACGUCCGCCGCGACGAAACCGAGUCGUCUACUGUUCGCUUCCUGCAACAGUCAGCACCGUCCCCAAACACUGUGGCCGGCUAUUCGUAGCCGCAACGCCACAGCCUUUGUGUGGGCCGGUGAUGCCGUGUACGCCGACGACUUUGAUACCGUCUACACUUUUGGUUGGCCCCGCAUCGCCCGACUCCAAUCGCGGGACGCCACACCAUCCGAACUUGCCGGACUCCUACACGACCAAUUGACCCACGACGGUUACCAGUCGUUGGUGAAGGACCCCACCGUGACGAUUCUGGGAGCCUUGGAUGAUCACGAUUACGGUGCCAAUAACGGGGACCUCACCUACGCACACAAGGCCGCCAACGGCGCCGCGUACGUGGACUUUUUGACCGCACAGAAACCCUACCGCCUGGAUGCGAUGCGUCAAAGAGCCGUUCGGGGACAAGGCGUCUACGGAGUGCAAGUCUUCGACUUUAGUCGACCCGUGGGUCACGAACUUGUUGAUGAAGCGGAGGCCGGCAUCGAACCGGAUCAUCACGAACACGAAUAUAACGACAACCACAACGGCAACAAGGAGUCGUCACCAUCAGUGCUUUCUAAUCAAUCCGUAGCCGUCUUUCUCCUGGAUGUGCGCUCCAAUAAAACUCCCUGGAAACAGCAGGGAUUGGGAAAGUACCGGGUGGAUUACGCUGCGGAUUUUUUGGGUCCCGACCAGUGGGUCUGGUUCGAAACGGCCCUCCGGAGAUCGACCGCGACCGUCAAUGUUAUUGUACAAGGACUACAAGUACACGCUGACCGGUACAUUGACGGGAACGUGGUUGAAGACUGGAGCCGCUUCCCCGCGGCCCAGCACCGUCUCUACCAAACCAUACUGCAAUCCAACGUCCAAGCUCCCAUUCUCGUAUCGGGUGACGUGCACAUGGCGGAACUACUGCGCAAGGACUGUCAACCAGUGGGUCGUAGGCAAACUGAUGGGGAGGCCGACGGUGAUCACCGCGACGCCAAUCGCAUGCUCCUGGAAGUUACCACAAGUGGCAUGACGCAUUCCUGGGGAUCGCACAUAUGCGCGCGGCCGGAGUCGAGUUGGUCCUGUCGCAACGCCUACGUCGAUUGGAGUAUGAGUAUGGGGAUGCACGUGGCUCAUCACAACGGUGCCUGGACGGAUCUGGUGGACCUAGAAUCAGCGGAAGAAGGCGCCAAAGCAGGAAUACAAUACAAUUUAGAUCUAAAUUUUGGAGAAUUCGAGUUUGACUGGGAAGCAAAAGAGGUGAAAAUUCGGAUUCACGGUAACAAUGUAAACGCAACUGCGCCUUAUUUGAGUACGCGGUGGGAUUUUGAUACAUUGUCGGGUAAGACCCCGGCACCCCCGACGGGGCUCGUGCGUGAUCCAUCACGGUGUCGAGAUUACUGA